AUGGGAUUGUCUGUUUCGCGACUGCUUUCUGGUCUCUUCGGCAAGAAGGAGAUGCGCAUUUUGAUGGUCGGUCUUGAUGCCGCCGGUAAGACGACGAUCCUGUACAAGCUCAAGCUCGGUGAGAUUGUUACUACGAUCCCCACGAUCGGUUUCAACGUCGAAACGGUGGAAUACAAGAACAUCUCCUUCACUGUGUGGGAUGUCGGUGGUCAGGACAAGAUCCGUCCUCUGUGGCGCCACUACUUCCAAAAUACACAGGGUAUUAUCUUCGUGGUUGACUCGAAUGACCGUGAGCGUAUCCCCGAAGCUCGUGAAGAGCUGCAACGCAUGCUGAACGAGGACGAGCUUCGUGAUGCUCUGCUGCUGGUCUUCGCCAACAAGCAGGACCUGCCAAACGCCAUGAACGCUGCCGAAAUCACUGAUAAGCUGGGCCUGCACAGCCUGCGCCAGCGCCAAUGGUUCAUCCAGGCUACGUGCGCUACGAGCGGUGAUGGUCUGUACGAGGGUCUGGAAUGGCUCAGCACGAACCUCAAGCGCCGCGCAUAA